ACCAUGCCGGGCCCGGCAGCCAGCAGUCCCGGAGCGGCCCCUCGGGUCCGCCACCUGGUCGACGUGGGCUGCCCUGUCGGGGGCCUGGCGCCGGGCAGGGCCCGCGUGCUGAGCGCCGGGGCGCGGGUCCUGCUGUCCGGUGGGGGCCAAUUUGUGCACGUGUGCGAGCCCGAGGGCCGGCGGCUGAGCGCCGUGCUCGAGUUUCCCGCGCCAGUCUGGCACCUGGAGCCGCUGGCCGGCCCCGCGCUGCUGGCCCUGUGCACCGGCCGCGGCCUCUACCGCGUGUCCCUGGACCCAGACAGCAGGGACUCCGUGGACAGCACAGCCGGCAGGGACAGUGGGCAGUGUGUGGACAGCACUGAUGGUGGAGACAGCGAGCAUGAAGUGGACAGUGAGCCCCCGCUGCUCAGGACCACAGUGGGGCCAGCGGCCUGUAUCCUCCCCAGCCCCACACUUGUUGCUUUUGUGGUGUGGGGGGACAUGCUGGUCACUUUGGCACAGGGUCCUGCCCGCUGGAAGGUGCAGCUGACACCAUGUACUACACCGGGACAGAACCUCAUGCCGCCAAACUCAGUGGGAGAAGUGGACUUGCCGGCGGACGGGACUCCAGCCGCAAGCCCAGGGCAGCCCCAGGCCCCUCUUGACCUGCCAGUGCUGUGCAUUGUGGCGCCCCCUGGCCCCCGGGGCCUGGACGCUGCCCUGUUUGGGCUGCUCUUCGGGGCCGACGCCUGUCUGCUGCAUUCCCCUGUGCUCCUCUGCGGCCUCCCUGGUGGUCAGCUCUGUGCAGUUCUUCUGCAGGCGCUGGUCACCUCCAGUGGGGCCCCUGGUGACCCACAGGCCCUCGUCAGGACCAUCCACCACCUGGAGGAGCCAGUGGUAUGGGUAGGGGUCCUGAGGACAGAGCCACCGGCCGAGGGCCUGGGGGAUGCACCCUCCGACUGCCUGGUGGCCCUGGGUCGCGGUGGCCGGCUGUUGGCCAUCAAGGCCUGUCAGGAUGAGGCCGGGAGUCCGGUACUGGAGCUGCGGGAGUACCGCAUCCCGGGCCCCGUGCUCUGUGCAGCCGGUGAUGGAGGCAGCUGCCUGCUGCUCAGCACCCCCUCAGGCCUCCAAGUGGUGGACCUGGCCCUGGGAAGUGACCCCCGGGACCCCAGGGGCCUGCCCCCUGACCUCUGUCCUGCCAGCACCAGCAUCUGCAGCCUGGCCGCCCUCACUGUGACCCCCAGGGCUCCAGGAGGCACCACCGAGCUCCUGGCUCUGUCAGUGCGGGGCCGCCUCCUGGCCUGCAACCUGACCCUGGCCAGGGCCGGCACGGCAGGGAGUGCCCAGCACAUCGGAGCCCUGCUGUCCAGGAUCACGGCCACAUCUGAGAGGGUCAUGUCCCUGAACGCCACGACGGAGCAGCAGAACCGGGCGCUGCAGAGCCUGAACGCAGCCGUGGGCGCGGCCUGUGCUCUCCUGCGCAGCCAGGGGGGCCCUGGGCCCAUGUCCUGCCGCGUCCAGGCCUCCUGGACCCGCCUGCCGUCGGGGGACAUGCUGCUGGCCCACUGCGUGCUGGAGACCAGCCCUGACUUCAGCCUGGGCGAGGGCUGGGCCCUGUGUGUGGGCCUGCAGCCGGGCUCCAAGGGCCUGGACGCCGCAGCCAGCUGCAUGGUGCCACUGGGUGCCCUGGGCCCUGGUGCCCAGCGAAGCCUCACAGUGCCGCUGGGCUCCGGCGAGGACGGUGCCCCAGAGCUGCCCGUGACGGUGUCCUGCCAGCUCCUCUUUAGCCUCCGGGAUAGCGUGGGGGCAGCGCUGGGUCUCGGGGCCCUGCCCAGACACGAGGCUGUGGGCCUGCCCCUGAGCCGCCACGUGCUGGACAUACUCCAUGCCCUGCGCUUCCCUGACCUGCCAGCAUCAGCCGCUGCCCCGGGCAAGCCCCCCCUGUGCCCCCUGGAUGCUUUCCUGCAGGCUUUGUGCGAGCUGGGCCCCAAGCCGGGGACCCAGUACCUGCCCCCCACAGGGGCCGCUCUCAGGGUAUCGGCGCAGCUGCUCCAGACGACCCUGACUGACCGCGGCACAGACAUGCCACUGCUGCCCGCAACUCUGCGGUGGCUCCUGUCCGGGAAUGAUGAUGUCGCUCGGGCCCCAACCGCAUCCUGCCUCCGAGGAGUGGCCCCAGAUGGGACUGACGUUCUUCUCCGCGUGCGGGAGGUGUGUGUUCCUGAUGUGAGCCCGGCAGGGCCCCUGCAGGCCGUGGAGAUCCGGGUGGAGAGCCCCUCGCUGGCCGUGCUGUGUGCCGUCCACAGUGCCGUCACCAGGCGUGUGCAGGCCCUCAUCAUGGAACAGGCUUCGCAUGGCCCCAGCCCCCCUGAGCUCUGCGUGCAGCACCUCCGCCGCGUCCAGGCCAGCCAUGAGAUGCUGCUGCGGGAGAUCCGGACCCUGCAGGAGCAGCUAAGGCUCGGGGAGCCUGCAACCCCCCGCGCCACGGCCCAGCGCCUCCUGCGGGCCUUCCAGCAGCUGCGCAGCCCCGGGCCCCUGCUGCUGUGA